GACAAAUUAUUCGCGUGUGAAAGUAUUGGCAUUUUGCUAAAUUCAGUCGUUAAUGAUCAGGUUAAACUGUGAAGCAUACUCUUAAGAUUAAUGAAUAAAGAAGUGUACUAGACUGAUAUCUAUUGAUGCAUCACAUUAUCUCAGAUCGCAAAGGUUCUGUGGAUAUAGUCUGAGAUUAAGACUCGAAGGAAUUACUACCUUGUCACCCACCUAAGCUUUAAAUCACAUUGGGACAUCGUUUGCUUAGUCCGGCGUUUAACCGGGUUGGUGGUGGGCACGGAGAGUCUACCUAGGGUAGUUGGAAAACCCAGAUUCCAAAGCAAUCGUGCACAUGAGCUCCAGCACCCCGAGGGAACAAAUGGCGUAUGAACCGAUCGUUGGCCACCGGCUACCAUGGGAAUGCAUCUCCUUACGUUGCUCCACUGCCUUGUGGUUCAGACCUUGAGGUCAAAGGCUCUGAGUGUGGCCCCCUAAGAAAACCACCUGCUUCGGUUUGGGCACCCGUGCAGUAUCCCAGCCCUCACACAUAUCAAAUGAGAUUUGUGUGGCGCAUAUGUAUUUGGUGCCUUCUUGUACCAAUAUCUAUGUGUUCAAAAAAGUAAAUAAAUACUUAGUUUUACACCUUAAAUUAUGACACUUGCAUUGGCGGUGAAACCAUAAUUUAUGGACGACUUUUGAGCGACGCUAAAUUGACUUUGAGGAUGUCCACUGGCUAACCAGGGCUAACUGAGUUUUAUAAACCAGUGUGAUGAAUUAGAAUUAUGAUUUACAGUUAGUGGUUAGAGUUAGGAAUUAGAUUUGUGGUUUUCAUCACAAAUUGAUAUCAGCUAAAAUGCCAAAACACUAUAUGAUCAAAUGGAUUGUCGAAUUCCGCGUUGUCUUAUAUAUUGCUUCGUCCAUAAAUUAUAGUUUCACCACAUUAGCUGUACAAGUUUACUACGCUGGUUUCUAGUGCUGGUUAUUGUUAGCGAUAUGUGCGCAAUACUGUUAAUGUAACAAUACUGAUUAAAAUAUGCUCAUCUCUAUUAACAUAGCCGUAAUGAAUUGUAAAAUCAGUUUUAUUUAGUCCCUUUUUGUUUUUUUCCAGCCACUGCUUAUUCUGGUUCUGAAGCUUUCUCUAAACAUACCAUCUAUAUGAAGUCAGAUGAAAGAUGUCUUAUUUUUAAACACUUCCCACCUGAAAUAUCUGAAGAUGAAUGUGUAACUUUUUUAAAAUCUCUGGGGGCAACCACGGCUCAAUAUUUUGGAUGUUCCGGUUCUCUCAAACAUGUAAUGUAUUCCCUUUAUCUGUUUCAUUCUAAUUCAGACUUAGUGCGCUUAUGCGGAGUUCGCAUCUGAACAACAUGCAUGGAAUAUCAUUAAAAAUCUUCACCAAAAGAAAAUAUUGGAUCGACGUCUUUCAGUUGAAUUCAUCCAGUCUGUAGAAGGAUUAUCUUCAGUUAAUAUCCAAAAGACUAAUCCAGACGAAUCCAAAGAAGAAUGUCUUCCCGUAACUACGAAUGCUUUUUCUGCUAUGUGGGAUACAUCUUUUGAAGCUUCCUCACGAAUGUACUAUGAAUAUCCUGUUGCAUCCAUUGACGUACUGACAAACAUUGUGCGAUCGUUGGCUUCUUGCCCAGCAUUUUAUAAUCAGGUACUCCACAUAAUGAACAAACUACAUUUACCACCACCAUUUGAAGAUCCGGAACAAUUCCCUGGGGAUUAUCUUGUCAUUUCUGCUUCAGAUUAUGCGAAAAUGCAAACACUAAUAGAUAAUAUCCAGCGCUUGCCAAAAGAGGAAAAUUAUGAUUCAGGUUCAGUUUCAGAAGAAAUGGAUUUAUCUAGUGGACCAGAGUCUGAACUUGCUUCUGACGAUGAAAAAAAAGCAACUACUUGUGCACAAAAAAGCAUCUCAGUGAGAAGACGUUUCAAAGUCCGCAAAAAACCCCCUACUGUAUUACUCAGUCGUCUUCCUAAGACUUCCAAACGUAAAAAUGUUGAUGUUGCUGAUUUAUUCGAAUCACAUCAAGCUGCUAAAAAGUUAAACUUGCCAAAGAUUCUUAACGUCAAUUCUCAGCGUGAUCAUAGUAAUUCACUUGAUGAAUCUGAAGGUGGAUUCGGACUUAUCCAUACGGAGACUAAAGUAGAGAGACGGCAUUUUCUUGACGGAUCAACUCAGAAUUCUCAAGAAAACCAUGCAUCAAUCUUCUCCAAUUUUCAGCUCCGUAAAGAACAAUUUUCUGAUGAAGAACAUGAGAACUUUGGAGAUUUAAUCCCACUACCAUCACAACCACCUUUGAGUAGUGAAAAUAUGACAAAUGUUACUGAUAAUAACCCGUCUAAUAUCAUAACAGUACUGUCCCUUGAUGAAAUUAUAUCCAAUCGCCUAAAAGAUGAGGAUCGCAAGAAUUAUCCAGUAUUUGCUAAAUAUGAUACUGGAACUACCACCUCUCGUCUGUAUGUCAAAAAUUUAUCUCAAAUGGUUACAGAAGCCGAUUUGUUUGCAAUAUUCGGGGUAUUUUCAAACGGACCUGUGACUGACAGUAGUUGCAAACCAAGGGUUUCGUUGGACUCAACUGAAUGUUUUUCAAUAAGGCUUUUGACGGAAGGUCGAAUGAAAGGUCAGGCAUUCAUCGGCCUUGCAUGUGAAUCAACUGCCAAACAAGCGUUGGAAGCCACAAAUGGUUAUAUGCUAUAUGAUCGUCCGAUGGUUGUUCAAUUUGCUAGAGGUGCUAAAGCAAAACCAGAUGAAAAAAGUUUAUUAUUAUCGAAUUAAUGCUUUUGAUAAUUCAUAUCUUCAGGAGGAUUCACAUCCAAAGUUUGGAGCUCACCUAUGACCAUUUUGUCGGAAACCAAAUAAUUGUAUAUGUUCUAUGUACAAAUUGUAAAUAUAAAAACUAAUGGCACAUUGCAUUGUAACAGUUUUAUGAUCUAUCACAAAUACAGCGAUUUCAGUGAAUCUGAUAAACAAUAUAGUUCGUGAGCAACGAAAGUAUUAAGAAGCAUCCAUUUCCAUUCCUUACUAUUGAGAGACAUUUCCAUUCUUGUAACUACUAUGAAAGUGUUUUGAGUUGACAAAUAAUCAAUUUCAACCAUGUUCAUAGACGUCCA